CCUAAUGUCCAAAGCCACCUACCACUUUUUUUAGCAUAUAAAAACGUUAAAAAUUACCAAAAUUUAGAAAUGUAAUCAAUUUUGCAAAAGUGUGAGAAAAAGCCGCAAAGGGUCUCAAUGGCAGCUUCUUCAACUAAUGCUCGUCUCACCAACCCUCCUCACGUACUAUCCAAACCACGACUCUCACCAACCUCCGUCGUGAAUCUCCGUUUUCCAGCCGCCGAUUUCCCUAUCCGCUUAUCUGCCGGUUCUUCGUCCCCGCAACUAAGGAGUGUGCCGUUUCCGGUGGUAUUUUCCGAUCGAAGCCGUCGGCGAACCAUGGAACAUAGCAAUGUCUAUGUGGCUUCAAAUUCAACGGAUAUGGAGAUCGGAAGUCAAGAUAUUGUGAAGAAUCCGAGCUUGAUCUGUGCUCCAGUGAUGGCGGAUUCAAUCGACAAGAUGGUGAUUGAAACGUUUAAAGCCCAUGAAUUGGGUGCAGACUUGGUUGAAAUUCGAUUAGAUUGGCUUAAGGAUUUCAACCCUAUUGAGGAUCUCAAAACCAUUAUUAAGAAAUCUCCUCUGCCCACUCUCUUCACCUACAGACCAAAAUGGGAAGGUGGUCAAUAUGAAGGUGAUGAAAACGAAAGACAGGAUGUGCUUCGUCUGGCCAUGGAGUUGGGAGCUGAUUACGUUGAUGUUGAACUUCAGGUUGCAAGUGACUUCAUCAAAUCUAUUGACGGAAAGAAGCCUGAAAGUUUCAGAGUAAUUGUUUCAUCGCACAACUAUCAGAAUACUCCUUCUGUUGAGGAUCUUAAUGACCUUGUUGCAAGAAUACAACAGACUGGAGCCGACAUAGUGAAGAUUGCUACUACUGCUGUGGACAUUGCAGAUGUUGCUCGCAUGUUCCAUAUAACCUCAAGUGCUCAAGGUCCCACAAUUGGACUUGUGAUGGGCGAGCGAGGUCUAAUGUCUCGGAUUCUUUGUUCGAAAUUUGGUGGUUAUUUGACCUUCGGCACCUUAGAUUCUAGUAAAGUUUCUGCGCCAGGUCAACCAACGAUCAAGGAUCUGUUAGAUCUUUACAACUUUAGAAGAAUUGGUCCUGACACAAAGGUGUAUGGAAUUAUUGGCAAGCCUGUUAGUCACAGCAAAUCACCUAUUGUUCACAAUCAAGCUUUCAAAUCAGUUGAUUUUAAGGGAGUAUAUGUCCACCUAUUAGUUGAUAAUCUUGCAAGCUUUCUUCAAGCAUACUCAUCCUCUGAUUUCGCUGGAUUCAGCUGUACAAUUCCUCACAAAGAAGCUGCAUUGCAAUGUUGUGAUGAGGUUGAUCCAUUGGCAAAGUCUAUAGGAGCUGUGAACACUAUACUAAGGAGAAAAAGCGACGGAAAGUUGUUGGGUUAUAACACAGAUUGUAUUGGUUCCAUAUCUGCUAUUGAGGAUGGCCUACGAAGAUCAGGUGAUCCAAGCAGUGGACCUUCUUCUUCUUCGCCAUUAGCCGGUAAAACAGUGGUGGUUAUUGGUGCUGGUGGAGCUGGCAAGGCACUUGCUUAUGGUGCAAAAGAAAAGGGGGCCAAAGUUGUAAUUGCUAAUAGAACUUACGAACGAGCACUAGAACUCGCAGAAGCAAUCGGAGGGAGAGCGUUAUCUCUCACAGAUUUAGAUAACUUUCACCCAGAAGAUGGCAUGGUUUUGGCCAACACCACAUCUAUGGGUAUGCAACCAAAUGUUGACGAGACUCCAAUUUCUAAGCAUGCAUUGAAGCACUACGCACUGGUCUUUGAUGCGGUCUACACUCCGAGAAUCACCCGACUGUUGAGGGAAGCAGAAGAAAGUGGAGCCAUAACUGUGUCAGGCUCAGAGAUGUUUGUCAGGCAAGCUUAUGAGCAGUUUGAGAUUUUCACCGGUUUACCCGCUCCAAAGGAACUCUACUGGCAAAUAAUGUCAAAGUACUGAGACAUAGCUUAAGUGUGUGUGUGUGUGUGUAUGUCCUACUUCCAUGAAAAGUCAGAUUCAAUAAAGCUGAUUCUCUCUCUUUGUAUUUAUAUAGUAUAUACAAAAACUAUUAAGCCUUAAGUUUAUUCAUUCGAUUUUAUGAA